CUAUUUCUCUGCGCAGGUGCUGUUGUUUUCGUUGUGACAAUCGAUCUGCGGGGGCCAAAAAAAAUGUUGCUAUGAACGAAGCAACAAACAGAUUUUGACGUGUGCAUAUGAACAUCAACUGUCCGUUACAACAAACCAAGAACUAGGCCACUACGGGAAAUAAAUAAAAUAUUUGAUCAUGCCGCCCGCCAGUACGUCAUGCCGUGGUCUCUUUCGCCUUUCCCUGCCGAACUACCGGAACACCGGGCACACCGCGCGGCCCUUCGAGCAGAUGGCGGUCCGGGCGGUGCGGGCGGAAGCGAGGCUGAAGAGAAAAGGUAUCACUAAAUACAACAAGCGAUUUCGGGCCUGGAGCCAGAAACGGGUAUGCAUUGCAAAUAUGGUGUUCUGGAACGUUGUGAUGCAAAUCUACGAAUGGUGGGAAGACACUGCAAUAUGCAGCCCAGCAUGACAAGUUUUUGCGCUGCUGUGUGUUUCGUUUUUCGCAUGACAAACUGCGUUUAUUUUGCAUCACAGGCAGUAGGCCCUUUUCCUGCUCGUGCAUGUCAAAUUUAAAAGUCAUGUCAGACAAGCAUGACAAACUUGCAUUCUUCCAGACCUACACAUAUUUGCAUUUGAUAACGGGUGCGGAAAUACAACAUCGCACUCCCGGUGGUCAUAUCUACUGCAAAAGUAUCGUACUCGUAUCAAUGCAAGUCUUGCAUUACAAAUCUUUUUCUUAAGGUGAAUUUCUCAUGCUGAGGAAAUUUGUAAUGCAUUUUUUAUACGAGUACGAUACUUUUGCAGUUCAUAGGUCAUCACUUCCGACCCGCAGUUGAUGGACGCGAAAUACCUGACCGCGUGUGUGCACAAGGCCGCGCAGCACAGAAAGCACGACAUCAAGCUCUGGGACGGCUUUGUAAAGCGCCUGGUGGAAAUCGCGAAUGGGGGAACAAGAACUACGGAUGCUUUAUUGUCGACUGCAGGGAGUGGGAGAAGCAAUGCUGGAGGGAAUGGCGCUGAUGCAGCACUUCUCACGGUCAACAACAGCACCUCAUCCUCGUCGUCCUCCUCCAGCGCUUCGUCCGGUUCCCCCCCGGUUUCCGUCACACAGCAGCCCUUCGACCCGGUCGACUGGGGCUACCUACUUUGGUCGGUUGGCAAAGCAGGGUACCUGAGCAAAACCUUCUUCGAAACCAUGCGCAGGACGCUCUUGUUCGGCGGGAGUGGAACCGUAGUAUCAGGGCGAGGUUCGAGUUCACCUCCCUCCGCCCCGAUGCUUCCCAACCUCGGGAGUUACCAGCUCAUGUCGCUCUUCUGGUGCUGCAAGCGGUUGAACUAUCGAGACGUGCCGUUACAGCAAGCGGCGAUACGGGUGGUGCUCGACAAACUGGACGAUAUACGAUAUCCUAUGUAAAAACAUCCCCACACCAGAGUCAAGAUGGGAAAUGUGCUAGACAAAUCAACCAGCUUUGGUUGUUUCGCAUGACAAACUUGGCCCCGUAGUGUAAUCCUGUGUAGCUAGCUCCAGCAGCAUCACAGAUCUGGCGUAUCAUGCUGAUUUGAGCAUCACAAACUCCAAAACGCGACGGAGAAAUGCUUCGCAUGGGACUCCGCAUGACAAACAUUUUCAGCAUGCAGAUUUGCAUGACAACCCUGGGGUGGGGACGUUUUUACUCAGGAUAUACGACCGGCGGACUUCGUGAAAAUCAUCAACGCGGCGGCCGCACUGGUAUCAAAGGGAAAAAUCCCCUCUCCCCAUAUUGAAGCGGAGACUUCUGUUGCUGGAUUUGUGUACACAAAUCAGCUUUGUAUUGCAGGAGGGCGCUGCGGCCAGAUCCCCAGGCUAGAUAGGGGCGUAUGGGUCGAGUUGUUCAGCAUGGCAAACGGCUCCCCUUUAGGCCCAACAGCAUGCCAAAUCGCUUCCAUAAUGGGGCGGAUGCUUCUGCCGUUGUCUUCUUGCAAGACAAACGCGAUUUGUGGCCUCAAAUCAGCAACACAGAUUUUCGGAAACAUACCUUUUCAAUAUGGGGAGGGGGAGUUUUUCCUUUCAAUAACUGGACGUCUUCCCACAGAGUAGUUGCAGCAGAGACGGUACUAGUACAUCCGAAUCUGCAGCUACUUCCUCGUCGCUAGUAAACGACUUGGCGUCCAGUGCAACGAAACUGUUUUCCGCGGCCGUUCCCACUUUCGUCACGGAUAGUUUCUCUUCAGGAACUACGUCUUCGUCUGCCGGCGCGACUCUGAAGAAACGGUUAUUCACCGUUUGCCACAGCAAACUCGACGCCUGCACUGUAUCCUGAUUAAAAAUGUCCCCACACCAGAGUCAAGAUGGGAAAUGUGCUAGACAAACCAACCUGCUUUGGUUUUUUCGCAUGACAAGUCUGUCCGCCCUUUAGUGUAAUCCUGUUUUUUAGCUAGUUCCGAAGCAUCACAGAUCUAGCGCGUCGCGCUGAUUCUAGCAUCACAAAAUCCAAAACACGACUAGAGAAUGGCUCUCAUGGGGCUCCGCAUGGGAGACUUUUUUGGCAUGCAGAUUUGCAUGACAACUCUGGGGUGGGGACGUUUUUACUCAGGAUACACUGCGCAGGAGUUCCGUGACGCGGUGAAUCCCUGCUUGAUCGGUGCUUUUUUCUCCUAUCCCAGAGAAAAAAGCUGGCAGGGCAUAUUUGUGAUGCAAAAAUGAAUGCACAGAAAAACUUGUCAUGGGUGGCCCCAUAGCAUGCUGUUUCGGAUAUGCCAUGCAGAUCUUUUUGUGUAUUUAUUUUUGCAGUACAAAUAUGCCCUGCCAGCUUUUUUCUGUGUGAUAUCUCCGACGAACUGAUCAAAUACACACUGACGCGCUUUCGGAAAAUCCACAUCACCGCCCGGCCCCACCACCUAUUGAAGGCCUUCGAAUCCGCGGUGGUUUGUCGGACGCUGUACCCGCACGUGUGGGUGAAUCUGGACUCUAUCCUGUGCAAAAGUAUCGUACUCGUAGUAAUUGCAGUUAUGCAUUACAAAUCUUUUUCCUAAGGUCAAUCAGCAUUAUAAAUUCCAUUUCUCAUGCUGAGGAAAUUUGUAAUGCGAUUUCUACUAGUAUGAUGCUUUUGCAAUGCAUAGGCUCCGAGGUGAAGCAGUUUUACGUGAAACUUUCGAUGCGGCACAUUCCCUGCUUCGUCAAGUCCCCCGACGCGUUUCACUGGAACGUUUCGAAACACCUGUCGCAACUGGAGCAGAACCACCGGAACGCGUUCCGCUGGGGGCCGUUUUGGCUCGAUAUCGGCUUGGAAUCGCUGGACGCGCAGACGGAAAAGCGAGACUGCAUCCUCUUGGAUCGGCAACCAGCCUUCUACUUCGGCACCAACAAAUACAUCCGGCUGCGGAAGCUGCAGCACAAGGUGCUCACCCAUCUCGGGUGGAACGUAAAGCACGUCAGGUGAGAAACGAAGGGAAAAGGAAAUAUCUUUGUGGAUUUUUGGUAAAGAUUGAGAUUUUUGUCAGGCCUGCUUUCUACCACAUACAUUUUUGAAUCGGAUCAAAUACAAUACAGGUACGAAGACUGGUUUCGCUUCAAGCCGGGCUCGGAUAGCGAGAAGAAACAGCAGUUUCUACUCCAUUUGCUGGCAAAAGAGGAGCCGACUAUGCUGAACGAAAACGCUCCACCCCAAAGUUGUCAUGCAUAUGUACAAUUACAGGAGUGCGUGUCAUGCGCAUCCCCAUGAAAGGCGUUUUUCAUCGUGUUUUGGCAUUUGUGAUGCUGUAAACAGGAUGAGGAGAUGAAUUUCUGAGUCGGGUGUGCUUGCUAACCUGCACUACAAUAGAGAGAGAAACUUGUCAUGCGUGACUCCUAAAACUGUUGGAUUUGUGUUGCAGGCUUCCCAAGUGGACUCUGGGGUCGUGGGGUCGUUUUUACAAAUGAUACACACCGAGAUUUUGUUGGAUAAGAAGGAGAUUUCGUACAACCGAAUGGCGAAGAACGUGUCCGUAUGCAUUGCAAAUAUGUCUGGGUCUGGAAGGAUGCAAUUUGUGAUGCUGCAUUUGCAUGCUACAAAAAUCUAUAUUGCAUGAACAGCCAAAGAGGUCCAGUUUUUGCCAUGGCGAGAGGGCAUUUCUCAUGCGGUAUAGGCAUCAGGAAGCCCUCGCAAAAUCAGUGAUGCUAGGGCAUGCAUCGCAGACGUCAGGAAUCAUGCAAAAUGUGCAUGACAAACCUUGCAUCCUUCCAGACCCAGACAUAUUUGCAUUUGAUAGUCCGAGAAAAAGGGGUAUUUGGAAAGCGUGAAACUAUACAAGCUGAAGCAGAAAUCGGGCCGAAAAGUGGAACUCAGCUUCGAUUGAAACCGAUGAGGCUGCUGGUGGUAGUUCCUGCUCUGCGAGAUAUUUUCCUAUUGCUAAUUUCAUUCAGUGGAAAGAACACCGCAAGAGGCUUCAGUUGUACUAGAGAAUAAAAAUAACUUCUCAACAUCCGGCGGUUUUAGCAUUUCAUCUUCUUCUCGAGCGCAUGUUGAAAUUAAUAGAAAUAGAUUUCUCUCAAGUGCACACACAAACCGCC